AGAGCUCUUUCAGCAGUACCUUCUCCAGGCUGAAAGUCAACUUCCAGCACGAUGAAGCUCUCAGCCAUAGUAGCCUGUGCUGGCCUUCUGAUAGGCAGCACUCAAGCCUGGACAUGCCUUUCUCAGGCCGAUGCGAACGACAUUGCAGCCCGAUCGACCAUCUUCUUGCAGCAUCUCAAUGUUACCCAAGCCAAUGAGACAGCACAAGGUCUCUUUGCCGACGGCAUUGUCGAAUAUGGAGACUCGAUCAACUCCCUCAAAGGCGAUCCCCUCGGAACCCAAGUCGAAAACGGAAAGCAGCACUACAUAAACGACACGUUAUCGACGGAACCGAUCCCUCAGAUCAACACUCUCAAUGUGGUGGCAGGCUGCAACCAGAUGGUCUGGCAAUGGGAAUUCCUCGGUAUUGGGACAGGAGAGUACCGCAUCAGCGGGAUGACACUCAUCACUGUUGAUGCUGGCAGCAAAAUCGUGGAGCAGUAUGUUGAGUUCAACAGUUUGGCCUGGGGUGCCAACAUUGGCUUCAACAUCACUCCGUCUGCGCUGCCUGGGAAGUAGGCGUCGUUGAUGCCCGUUUCCAGAUUCGGUGGGCGGCACGGUUGAAGUAGAAAGGCUGUCUGUACAUUUCAUGCCACCUGGUAGCAUGGAUUUGCUUGUGAUAUCUAAUAAGUAAUAUAAUAAGGUCGCAG